CUCUGUGAAAGGAGUUCCGACAAAUACAGCAAGUUCAGUUACGAUAAUUUAGUUUUCUACAGACUUUUGCAUCGAGCACGACUCUGUAUGUAAAUCACAUCCAAAAUAAAGAAAAUGGCGAUCCAAUUACGAUGGAUGCUGUCUUUCCUGCUGCUCGUGGCCAUACAUCUAGUUCACUCGAGGUCCAUAAAAGUCAAAAGAGGAGUCAUUUACGGAGAAGUGAUUUAUAAACCAAAGGUGAACGCCUAUCUUGCAACGGGCCUUCAGGACAGUAAUUCUGCUGAGGAUCAUCACUCUGAGCUUCUGGAUAUCGACGCACAUGUCCAGUCAGAUAGUGAUAUAGGAACAGAAACAGAAGCCAGCGAAGGCUCUAUUAACGGAAUGGAAACAAACGAAGGAAAAGGUGGAUCUGAUAUGAUACCUGACAUUGGAGUCCCGGAUGUUCUACCUAUGGAUGGUACGAGCGCUAGUUUCGGAGGAGCUGGUGGGAAAAAUGCAGGCGGUACUGGUGAUGCAACGGGAAAAAAUGGUCAAGCUGGCUCAUCAGGCAGAAGUGGUGGCACUGGAGUAAAUGGUGGUGGGACCGGUGUAAAUGGUGGUGGCAAUGGGGGUAGUACUGCAGUUAACAGUGGUGGCACUACGGUUAAUGAUGGUAGUACAGGGGUAAAUGGAGGUGGCACGGGGAUGAAUAGUGGUGGUAAUGGCGCUAGUGGAGGUGGAACUGGGGUAAGUGUUGGUGGCACUGGAGUAAAUGGAGGUGGUGGUGGUGGUACUAGGGCUAAUGGAGGUGGCACUGGGAUCAAUGGUGGUGGCACUGGUGUAAAUGGAGGAGGUGGUGGUGGUGGCACUGGGGUUAAUGGUGGUGGCGCUGGAGUUAAUGGUGGUGGUACUGGGGUAAAUGGCGGUGGCCCUGGCGUAAAUGGCGGUGGUACAGGUGUAAAUGGUGGUGGCACUGGGAUAAAUGGUGGUGGAACUGGCGUAAAUGGCGGUAGUACAGGUGUAACUGGUGGUGGUACUGGGGUAAAUGGCGGUGGCACAGGGGUAAAUGGCGGUACAGGUGUAAAUAAUGGUGGCACUGGGGUAAACGGCGGUGGCACUGGCGUAAAUGGAGGUGGCACUGGCGUAAAUGGAGGGGGUGGUGGUGGUCGUGGAGGAGGUGGCACUGGGGUCAAUGGUGGUGGCACUGCAGUUAAUGGAGGUGGUGGUGGUGGUGGUGGUGUUGGUAGCGAAGGUGGUGGUACCGGGGUUAAUGGAGGUGGUACUGGGGUAAAUGGUGGUGGAACUGGGAUUAAUGGUGGUGGUACUGGAAUUAAUGGAGGUGGUACUGGGGUGAAUGGUGGUGGCACUGGAGUAAAUGGCGGUGGUACAGGAACGGGUGGUAAUGGACAGCCAACAGUGAAUGGAGGUACUGGAAUUGGCACUGGUAGUGACGUAGGAAGAGGUGGAACUAAUUCUGGUAUAAAUCCAGGAGUAAAUGGAGGAACACAGGACAGGGGAAGAGGUGAUGCUGGUACUGGUUUUAGAGGAACAGCUGUUAAUGGCAAUACUGGUAUAGCAAAACCAAACAUUGGUUUGCCAGGGAUUAGCGUUCCUGUUGCUCAGAAGCCGGGGUCUGUCGGCACAAACAAUAUUCCAGGACAGCCAGAUUUGAAUGAGCCAAACAAUCCUACAAAUUCGGAAAAGGGUAAUGGAUUGUUAAAUAGUGGAUCGACAUCUAAACCAACAUUAAUCACGAGUUCAAAUAAAAAUAGUGGUCCAGAUAUUAUGUCACCUAAGAAUACAACACCUAAAAUUCUUGAGGAAGAUCACGUAGUUAUUAAUAAAAAGGCAUCUUCAGGAACAAUAACAAUCGCAAUUUUCUCUUCUGCCAUUGGACUCUCGGUUAUUGUAAUUGGUAUAUACUUUUUAUGGACAAAAUUCGGCGGCGUCUACACUCAGAUUUUGUAA